AUGGAAGGUUUCCUACAUCACAUGGCACCGCAGUUUCUGCAUCCAGCGCUGCAGAGUUUUGGCUGUGGGGCGUUCAGACCUAUAGGAGGCGCAUUUCAUCCCCUUUACCCAGGAAAAGCGUUUGCAAGACAUUUGGGAGAACAGUACGCUCUCGGUCAAAGUGUCGGACAAGCAUUAAGAGGUGUACGUGAUGACAACAGCACGCCGCCGCUUUACCGGCACGGGUACGCGGUGCGCGAUGACACGAGCUCGCCAGGCUCCGCCGCUUCGGCAUCGCCCCGACCUUGCAAGGACGAGGACCAGCCCGGCACAGCUACUUGCUCAGAUUCUCAUGAACUAUUUUCGCCUGACGGUGAGCGGAAAUCCGCAUGCGGUGUCUGUGGGGCCAGACUCGGACCAGGCGUUGCUCAAGCGCACUUCUUACAAGAACUGCAACAUUUGUACAGCUUAACAGCUAUACCCCGCGAAGCAGCUGCUCCUUCUCAUUCGCUUCAUCAUCAGGACGAAGAUGCUCGUUGGGAGACCUACCAGCGCAUACGCGCCAACCGACAGAGGAGAUUAAAGCUGCGAACUCGCAAGCGUCACCACACCGUUGAGAGCAUGCUGGGAUAUGACUUGGAAGACGAGAGGCGAGAGGAGAGACCUCGCGAAUCGCGUUCUUACGACGCCGAAGACGAACCUGUUGAUGUUGAGGGCGAUUCUCUCGGCUGGCCUGAAGCGGCCAUAAAUGUUGAUGAAAAAGAUCAACGCAAUGAUGGCGAAAAAAUACACCUGAGCUACGCGGAAGAUCUAGAAAUAUCGAGUACGAACGAUACGAUGCAGUCACCAGAACGCGUGAGGAUUGAGACUCCCAAGCCGUUGUCGCUCGAGUGCACGAAGACCGAGAGCGUGGAGCGUCCGGCCGAGGUGAGCACGUCGGAGUGGGCGGCCGGCGCGGACGCCUGGCCCGCGCUCGCCGACGCUUACGCGCACGCUCGCCACAAGAUCGACGGCGAGAUGCCCUCAUCCACUGACUCCCGAAAUUAAAUUCAUUGCAAUUGGUGGAACUGCUGGAUUUCGUACCAUUCAUUUGUGUCAAUGUACAUUUGUUUCCCAAACAUAAAUAAACUAAAAUAUAAUAUUA